AUGGCCUCCUGUGUGCUGCACGUGCUUCCGGCAUGCUUUGUGGGGCUCUUCUCGGGCUGCUGCGCGAUGUUCUUUGGCGGCGUGUACCCCUCGCUCGGCUGCUCGCACAGCGUCGUCCUCAACGCAGUGCUUUCUGUGGUGCUCACCAACAACUGCCUCUUGUUCCUCGUCCUCUGUGCAAAGAGCCCCAGCUGCCCCCUCCACCAGCAGCGCCAUCAUCGCGCCUACCAGGCUCUCUUCCCGCCCAACGAGUUGAUUUACUUCCGCCAGCACUACCACGAUCCUACCCUCGCCCUCUGCUCCAAGUGCCUCCUCCCCACGCUCCCUCGGAUGCUCCACUGCAAACACUGCGACCGCUGCGUCUUGGACUUCGACCACCACUGCUACUGGAUCAACAACUGCGUGGGCUACUACAACUACAAGUACUUUCUCGUCUUCAUCCUCAAUUUGGCCGCCAUUCUGUGCUUGUCGGUCUACUUCAACUUCCUCUUCCUACGUCAGGCCUAUUCUGCCAAUUCCGCAGCUUACGCUCAUGUCGCCCACAGUCCACUCAACUACAAGCUCCUCGUCUUCUUGGUUGUCUCAAACAAGCAAAAUGAAGUAGCCGGCAUCUUGCUCAUCGUCUGCUUCUUUCUCGCCUGGUUCCUCUUCAUUUUUCUCUACCAGAUGCUCAACAACAUCUACUUGGGCAUCAACGCCAGCGAGUACAAAAAAUGGGCCAACGUCCAGUCUCUCGUCCAAGCACAUCUCCUCUACUACAACUCGGAAAACAACACCUACUACCAAAGGUCUGCUUCCACACUACGCCCUCUCAACAAACUCGACCACCACUCAAUUCCCAUCUCCUCCCGCACUCGUCCUGUCACAUCCAUCGACAACAUCGACAACAUCUACGACAGUGGCUUUGCCCAAAACCUCCUUCUCAAACUCGCCUCUCCCUUCCCUUCCUAG